AUGGAUCAGAUGAUGGGGGCUGGUGAUGGAGGUAUGGGGGGCCAGGCUGGAUUUCCUCUGGAAAACUGGUUUUGGGAGAUGCCACUCUGCACGAGAUGGUGGACAACAGCAACAGUUCUUACCAGCGUACUUGUUCAGUGUCAGAUUAUCACGCCAUUCCAGCUCUUUUAUAGCUUUCGUACCGUAUUUUACAAGGCACAGUUCUGGCGGCUUUUGACGACCUUCCUAUACUUUGGACCUUUAUCUCUAGAUCUUGUAUUCCACAUCUUCUUCCUCACGCGCUAUUCGCGGCUAUUAGAGGAGUCUAGCGGGCGAUCUCCGGCUCAUUUUUCGUGGCUUCUGCUAUACUCAACAACAUUCUUAAUCCUUAUAUCGCCUCUGGUAUCAAUGCCUUUUCUGGGUCAGCCGCUCUCAUCGACAUUUGUGUAUAUUUGGUCGAGACGAAACCCUGAGACCCGUCUAUCUUUUCUUGGUCUUCUCGUAUUUACCGCGCCAUACCUCCCAUGGGUCUUGAUGGGAUUUAGUCUCGUGGUGCAUGGAACGAUUCCCAAAGAUGAACUGAUGGGCGUGGUCAUCGGCCAUAUUUGGUACUUUUACAAUGAUGUUUAUCCACCCCUUCACAACGGAAGUAAACCCUUUGAUCCUCCUAUAUGGUGGAGAAGAAUCUUCGAAAGAAGACCUCAGCGAGAAGGAAGCAUUGAUGGGAUUAAUAAUGAAAUUGCUGUAGCCGCAGGGCCUGAAGUUCGAUGA